GGAAUGACAGCUGAUUACUAAAAUGGAGGUUACAUCACUGCUUUGCGAUUCUUCAUUUUGUCGUUUAUGCGGCGAAGAGAAUCAAAAUACAAACGAACUCUUUACCGGCGAAGAAAACAAACAAAAUUUAAGCGAAUUAAUCAACAGGUAUUUACCGCUUAAGGUGUGCGAGGAUGGAAAAUAUCCAAAAGUAAUUUGUCCUGGUUGCAACAUACAACUAGAAGCAACCAAGUUAUUCUUCGAUUUAAUUAUAGAAGGGCAACUAAAACUCAGGGAAUUGCUUUCAAAGCAACAAGAAACUAUAAAAAGACAAGAAAAACAGAGGUUACAGUUAGAAAAUGCUUUAAAAUUAGUUAGUCCUAGUUCUACCGUUGGUGCUUAUAGCAUUCAAGAAGAUGCUGACGGGGAAAAAAUUUUGAUACAAAUUGUUUCAGAAGGUCCACUUUUUCCUAACGACCAUGAAUUGUCAUUAAAAGUGGAAGGAUUAGAGAAACCGAAACGUAAAAGGGGACGACCACCAAAACAGAACUCUGAAUCUACGGAUGAUAAAGAAAAUUCUACAACAAAAACAACGGAAUUAGAAAAUGUUGAAGAAAUUGAUGAAGAACUUGAUGAGGAUGGAGAUGGAAGAAGGAAAAGACGGAUUAAAGUACCAACACGAUUUCAAGAAGCUUUACAAGGUAAAGAAAUGGAUCGAAUUUUUAAAGAGGAAGGGGUAAUAGAUGAAGAUUCUUUUUCUGAAACGGAAGCAGAGUUAAUUGAAGUAGAAAGUGAUAAAGGAAUUAAUGAAAUUAUUGGGCACAUGGAAGAUAAAGAUGGUGAGGAUUUGGGUGAGCUAGUUGUAAGAAAUAAAACAACGAAUAAAAUUAAAUUAAGGCCGAAAAAUAGUUUUGUUUCAAGAAAACGUAAACGUUACCAGUGCGACAUUUGUGGUCGAAUAUUUUCCCAUCCGAGUCGAUUAGAGGUUCACAAAUCAUUUCAUAAGAAUGAAAAUUACAUGUGCGCUGCAGACGACUGUAAUUAUCAGGUUGAGACACGCUUAGAAAUCGACAAUCAUCACAAAGAAACCGGACAUUCCGGGUUUAGUAUUAUUAAAUUAGAAUCGAAUGAUAUAUCAGAUGAAGCUGGGGACGACAAAAACGAUGGAAAAAAAAUUAUUUGUAAAAUUUGUAAUAAGACUUUUUCGUGUAAACAAAACCAUGAAGUACAUUUUAAAGCAAUUCACGAAAACCAAAAACCUUACAAAUGCGAGAAAUGCGAUAAAACGUUUCCAUAUUUAUCUAGUUUUAAAUGCCAUCUCCAACAACAUACCGAAAAGAUCUAUCCGUGCGAAAAUUGUACGAAAAUAUUUAAUCAUCCAAGCAGUUUGGUUUACCACCGAGAAGCGGAACAUAAUAACGGAAGGAGAUUCGUCUGUUCAAAAUGCAAGAAAACGUUUAAACACAAACAGCUGUUGCUACGACAUCAAUUGGUUCAUUCGAAUGUGAGACCACACGACUGCAAGUACUGUUCGGCAAGUUUUAAAACACGCGCGAAUCUGUUGAAUCAUAUGCCAACGCAUACCGGUGAGAGAAAAUAUUUUUGUAACGUUUGCAGUCAAACGUUCGCCCAUAAAACAUCGUUAACGUUACAUAUGAGAUGGCAUAAUGGUUCGAAGCCUUACGAAUGCGAUGUGUGUCAAAAGACGUUUUCGCAAAAAGGAAAUUUAGCCGAACACAAACGGAUUCAUACAGGUGAAAAACCGUUUACGUGUUCGCAUUGUGAUAGAAAAUUUACGACAUCCUCUCAAUACAAAAAUCACGUGAAAAGACACACGGGCGAAAGACCGUGGCAAUGCGAGUAUUGCUCGAAAACGUUUUUGAACAAAGAUACUUGGAAAUCACAUACGAGGAGGCACAGCGAUGAGAGACCAUUCCAAUGUGGGCAGUGUAUGCGAGCAUUUCCAGAACAAUGGGCUUUAAAAAAGCACCAACGUUUACACACGGGCGAGAAACCAUACAUUUGUGAAUUUUGUAGUAAAUCAUUUGCAGAUUCCUCAAAUCUGGCCAAACACAAAAAAAUACAUCUCAACAAACUUAAUCGUGAUGAUAAAAAUCAUUUAAAUGCGGGAAAUAUUAAAAUAAUUACUUCAGAAGAAGGCGAAAAAAUUCUUUAUUUAACAUAUGAUGAUGGAAAUUCGAACGAAGAAGCUCAAACUGUGGUUCACAUCGUCGAUUCAAUGGAACAAGUUGUCGAUGAAAGCAAUGUUGCAGUUGAUUCAAACAUAAAUUUAAAUCUUGAGGAUGCAGAAAAAACACUUUUAACAUCCGCCCAAGAAAUAAUUAACGAAGAAACGCCUGAGGACGGUUUAACAACGCUGGAAACGUCGCUUCAAUUACAACAAGUUAUCGAUAAUGAUGGUAAUCCUUUGAGUAUAACGGGCGAAAAUGGAGGUGAAAUUAAAAUAGUAAUGGGUAUGGAAGAAAACGGGCGACAAAGUAUACAAGGUUUAAUGUCAGAUGGAAAUUUGGUACCAAUAAAUUUAAUUAUGCACGAAGGAAAGUUGAUAACGGCUCAAGUUGUUGAUGAAAAUACUGAUAAACUUAAUGAAAAACACGAGAAAAACGGAGAAGAAAUUGGAAUUGUUGAAGGUGUUGAGAAAAAUUCACUUUUAGAUGAAGAUGAUGAUAAUAUACAGUUUUUAACUCAAGAUGGUGAAAAAUUAGAUAAUAAUAUACAAUUUUUAACUCAGGAUGGACAAAAUUUUUGUUUUAUAACU